AUGAAAGCUACGAACGACCCAGAACGCUGGACAUGCGGGAAGGAACUCAGAACCCUCUUCCACAUUUGGUGGUUAUGCCCACUUAUUAAGCCCUUCUGGGCCGUGGUCCACACAGUGCUCAUGACCAUCACCGACGUGAACCUGCAACCCACACCUGAAACAUACCUGCUCCAACUGACCACGAUGCCCACAAACAGAUUUAUAAAAUUGUCGAUGCCACACCUAUUGAACGCGGCAGGUAGCCUCAUCCCAGGACACUGGAAGCAACACAUGGAAUGGAUGACCAGAGUGGAGGACAUCAGGCGCAUUGAAGUGCUAAUCCACUCCCCAUGGGACGUAUACAACGCUACCACGACGCGUGGUACCAUUGGCUCCAGUGGCUCUCCUCCCCCACUGCGGGCACAGGAAAUGUGCAACCCCCGGCAGUGGGCGGGGGACUACUGA